GAGAUGGCGGCCAGAGCACGAGUGGCUCGGGGCUAACUACCAAAGCCACGCACAAAGGAGGAAGACAACGAGGAGUAGACCACAAUGGGGCCGCUCAUAGAUAUAAAGGGCCAGAACGACAAAGCGUCGGCUCUAUAAAUCUGCCUUUGACAAGCCACCUGGCCUGCUUGAUAUCUCCCAACUAACUGUUGCGCGAUUGUUCUCAUAUCAGGCUAUUCGCUCCCGUACCUCAACCACAAGUUCGUGCCACCAACGCCAGAAAUGACGCAGACGCGGAAAACCGAAGGGGCCAGUUACAAAGCAUCUGAUGCGAGCGUGGGCACUACGAGCGGUGGUGAUAAUGAUGCAAGCAAAGUAGCAAAAAGCAGCAGCAGCUUCGACCCCGGGCAGCCCAAUAAUGAUCUGAGUGUGUUCACGGACUCCAAUGAAGCCUCUCACACACGCUCCGGUUUUACUCAACGCAGCGAAUCCGAGAGGGCCAGUGCACCCUUAGACGUAAAUGACAAAGAAGCGGAAUCGAUUUCGGAGGCUCCAAUCCGAACUCGAGGGUAUCGCACUCUCACUGAGCUGCCUUCCACUAUUUCAAGCGUUAUUGCUGAGCCGCCCUCGUCGUGUCAAUAUUCCAACUCGAGGACUACCAACCCAACUGCAAUUCACGGAGAAUCGUAUUUUCGCCUAUUACCAGCCACAUGGGACACUAGGCUGAGCGAGGACCCCUCCGUUAAUGAUAGUCCAAUAGUCGGGUCACCUGUGCCGCCUCACCAGGAAGAGCACCCAGUCCCGGCAGAACCCGUGACUAAACCUUCCCAACCCAAGAAACGGAGGAGAAAGGGCUUGCGCUUCACACGCGUCAAAAACGAGAGAGCGAAGAAGGCUCAGACGAAACCAAGCGCACAAACACAAGAAGUCCCCAGUUCCUCUGUGGUUCAUUUUAGACGCACCACUCGUGCGGAACGUGCAGCUGCUAGAGCUGCACGUGCCGAAGUAGAUCUUGCGGCGGAACCAGCGAGACGCAAGGACAAGGGAAAGGGGAAAGCAAAGGACCUGCCGGAGUCUACUACGCCCGUCGCAGGUGGCAAACGGAAGCGAAACGAUGAAGAUGAGAAUAUCAAUAAUGGAAGUGGGAAUCAACCGUCCGGAGACGCUGGACCGUCUCGCCCGACGCGACGCAAGCGUCGGACAGAUCAACAAGCUCUUCCGGAAGGUCGGCCUGUCCCAGCUCCAACUAUUCCGGACCAAAACAGCCCGCGUAGGCUCCGUCCCCGCGCUGUACAACAUAACGUGCCCGAGGCUGCUCAGCUUUCCCGACAUCGGAGCUUGGCUCCAGAACCAUCGGAAGGACUGAUCCAUAUGAUCAGGGAAAGCGCUAUGGACACGGGGUUACGGACACCAAGGUCUAGUCCAUUGCGUGACGAGGACACGGAGGCUCCUCUAGCAAAAGUCGAGGAGCAGGACAAUAAUGAACUAAUUGGUCUUACCGCAAGCGGAUCUGGAGCCAUGACCAACGGAGCAUCCAUAGAAACUGGACACUCGUCUGGUACAUCGGCCUGCAGCCCGUCAUUCCUUGAUGACAUCGUGCGGCGGAACACACCUGCAUUCGUCUUUAGAAAUCCAGCUCCUGAUAACACCGAACGAAGUCGCCCCGUGAGUACCAGUGGCUUCACACCCGCUGCCCUUCCGCUGGUGCGUGUACCUGUACAUCCAGGGAAUUCCCAUGCUCUGCGCCGAAGUGAGACGACAAUCAUUCAUGAUCGUGUUUUCCGCCGGCACGGCUAGAAUAUUAGUAACGCUUGUCUUCGGGUUCCUACUUGUGUAUACCCGGCCGUUCUCGAACCACGAGUCGGCUGAGCCCGAGCUUCUCCUUGUAUUACUGUUUUAUUCGUUAGUCUCUGCUCAGCGUAUUAUUGUCAUUCAGACUUGCCACUCCUCAUUUUUAUUUUCC